AUGCGCGCGGCGCGGUCGGGGCUGCGGGCGCCCGCCCGCCGCUGCCCGGCCCUCGCGCGCGGGCGCACGUCCGCCGCGAGCUCCGCGGCGCCCCUCCGCCUCCCCGUGGCCGCGGCCGCGGCGCGCGGCAGCUGGCCCGCCUCGCCGGGGGCCGCGGCCGCGGCCGCGGCGGCCGCGGCCGCGGCCGCCGCGGCGGCAGCCUGGCGCCCGCCGGCGGCGGCGCGGGCGGGGGGGCGGGCCGCCCGCUGCGACGCGGAGGGCGGCGAGGAGCGGCGCGCGCGGCUGCUGGAGCACAUCUGGAGGGGCGACGUGUCGGCCAGCCUCGGCCUGCUGCCUUCCGUGGCGGGGCACGUCGACGCGCCGCUCACCUCGCUGGGCCAGACGGCCCUGGCCCUGGCGUGCGCGGCGGGGGCCCUGCCGCUGGUCUCCGCGCUGGUCGACGAGGGCGCGGACCCCGCGGCCGUGGACCGCACGGGCGCGAGCUGCCUCGCGCAGGCGUGCUGCUCGGGCCAGUCCCACGUCGUGGAGCGGCUGCUGCGGAGGCACGGCGCCAGCGCCGCCACCUUCGACAUCAACGGCCUCGCCCCGAUCCACCAGGCGGUGGGCUUCGGCCAGCCGGCCUGCCUGCGAGCGCUCCUGGAGGGCGGCGCGGACCCCAACCUGCCCAGCGGGGACGUCACCGCCCCCGAGGAGUACGGGGCGAUGCCGGCGCGCCACGAGACGGCGCUGCACAUCGCCGCGAGGCUCCUGACACGGGCGAUCAACCUCGGCGACGGCUCCGGGUCCACGGAGCACCAGCAGAGGCAGCAGCGCGAGCUGAUGCAGCUCCUGGUCUCCCACGGCGGGGACGCGCUGAGGCGGGACGCGGACGGCAACACGGCGCUGCACCACUGCGCCCGCAACGGCGACUUGUGGGGCCUCUGGUUCCUCAUGGGCAGCGUUCCGGACGCCGCAGUGGCCAGCGGCACCCCCAAUGACGCGGGGAGCUCCGUAGUCUCGGAGGCCGACGCGUGCUCGUGGCAGGCGGGGGCUGUGGUGCGCCUCGCCACGAGGACCCACUCCUUGCGGCGGGGAUGGCAGAAGUACUGGUCCGUGUAUGACCUCGUGGGUCGGGGCUGACCGCCGUCCCGGGUGGCAGAGCACUGGGAAGUCAGAUCCUGCACAGCGUCCGCCGAGGGCCACGA